AUUGUCCCUGGAUACAUAAAUAUUAUUUUUAAUGCAAAGUGCAUUAUUGUUAUUUCUGCUCGUUGUCCUACUUAAUGCGCAUGCACAUUUAUAAGAACGUCAAGCACACGGAAGUAAUAUAAAUUUUAAAACAUAUAUUGUACGAAUCUAAUCUCAAUUAGCCCAUUCUUUUAUACAUUUAAUCAAUAUUUGAAAGAAAAUGUGGUGUAAAACGAUUCUAAAGUUAAAAAGUACCUUUCGAUUGGCACAAUUUCGUUCUGUAACUAAGCUAAUGAACGAAUUGGAGGAUAAUAAUCCGGAAGACAAGAUGCAUGCUUGGCAGAUACAUGCAUACAACGGACUGGACGAUUUACGAUUUACCAAUCUCAGGAUACCAGUAGUCAGGAAUCCAAUGGAUGUCUUGGUGAAAGUUGAUGCUGCCAGUGUAAAUCCCAUCGACAUUGCAAUGACGAGGGGUUACGGCAUGAAUUUACUGAAUUUAAUGCGUAAAACAAAUUGCUCAAGAGAGUACGAUGAAAUAGAGUUACCUUUGACAUUAGGCAGAGACUUUGCAGGAAUAGUUGUGUCAAAAGGAUAUGGUGUAGGUGAUAAACUGGAACUGGGUGAAGAAGUUUGGGGAGUGGUCCCAGUGGAGAAGCAGGGCUGUCAUGCAAAUUAUGUUGUAGUUAAUAGCAACAUGGUACGUUCACGUCCUCGGAGAUUGUCUCAUAUAGAGGCUGCAAGUAUUUUAUACUGUGGAUUGACUGCAUGGUCAGCACUGUGGUACACGGGAGGAUUAUAUUAUAAGAACUUGCUAGCUGUAAGGAACAGGCAAGUUCUGGUCAUGGGGGGUUCUGGAGGAGUUGGGACCAUCGCUAUACAGCUUCUGAAAGCUUGGAAUAUGCAUGUGACUAGUACGUGCAGCGAUGAUGCUGUGGAGAGCCUGCGGAAUUUAGGCGCUGAUGUCGUCAUCGAUUACAGGCAGAACGAUGCUGACGAACAAAUUAUCUCGGAGGGACCGUAUGACAUAAUCUUAGAUUGCGCGAAACAAGGCCCGGAAUAUGUCAGGGAGAAAGGAUAUCUGUACAAUACUUACAUAACAUUGAACUCUCCCAUGUUGAAAAAUUUUGAUCAACAUGGGCUAAUCCUGGGAGCGCUUCAGAAUCUCGGCGAUAUCGCAAGAUUUAAUAUCCCAAUAGCGCAAAACAAGGGCUGUGUCAAGUGGGGAUAUUUCAUGCCGAAUCAAACGGGAAUUAACUUUCUUCAAGAGCUUGUGGAAAGUGGAAAGAUCAUACCUGUUGUUCAGCAAGUGUAUCCCUUUAAAGAUUUACCGCUGGCCUACAAGAGAGCGAGUCAAGGCCAUUUGAGGGGUAAGUUAGUUAUUGACAUGAAAUCGACGCGGGAUGAUUAACUUUUUAGUUUUUUAAAGCUUUAUAGACAUAGUUAUAAGAACUAAGUGUA